AUGCGUGACCGCUUGAUCCAGGAACUUACCGAACUCCUCGGCGACAAUGGCAUCCUUCUCUUCCCUUCAUGGCCGAGAACAGCUCCGUACCAUAAUCAACCCAUUUUUACACUCGAUGUUGGAUAUACGGGUCUCUUCAAUGCUUUGACAGUUCCGGCAGCUUCAUGUCCAUUGGGUCUGGACAGCCAGGGGUUACCUCUUGGAGUUCAGAUAAUCGGAAAUCGUAACUCGGAACGUCUCCUGAUUGCAGCAUCACAACAGCUAUCACAAGAGUUUGGCGGUUGGAUCCCGGCAUGGUCCUCAUCAUAG